AUGCCUUUUUCUAUUUUUAAGAGAUUAGAAUUAGGAGAGGCUAAACCUACAACAGUAUCCUUACAACUAGCUGAUAGGUUAAUUGAGUAUCCAUAUGGAGUCAUUGAGGAUGUUUUGCUUAAAGUUGAAAAACUGAUUUUACCUGUUGAUUUUCUUGUUCUAGAUAUGGAAGAAGACAAGGAUAUUCCCAUUAUCCUUGGAAGACCAUUCUUAGCUACAAGCAGAACUUUGAUUGAUAUUCAAAAAGGAGAACUUACCAUGAGAGUUCAAGACCAAGAAGUCACAUUUAAUGUCUUUAAAGCUAUGAAAUUUCCUAAUGGUGUUGAUGAUUGUUUCAGGUUGGAUGUGUUGGACACUUUGAUGUUCGCUUCCCCCAUUCCUAAAGAAGAUGAUCUGCUCCAAAAUGCCUUGACAAAUUUAGAGGCUUUUGAUGAUGAAGUCAAGGAAUGCUGCAGGUUACUUGAUGCAACACCAAAAAUUCUGGCCAAGAAGACAAAAAUUGAUCCCUUACCAUGUAAAAGUUCAGAAUUUUUUAGUUCCUCCCAUGAGCAAUGUAAGGAUAGAUGUGAAGACACUAAUUUUGUGCUAAAUUGGAAAAAAUGCCACUUUAUGGUUAGAGAGGGUGUGGUACUUGGCCAUAAAAUUUCUUCGAGAGGUAUUGAAGCUGAUCAUGCCAAAAUUGACAUAAUUGCCAAGUUACCACCUCCUACAUCUGUUAAAGGAGUAAGAAGUUUUCUAGGCCACGCAGGUUUUUACAGGAGGUUCAUCAAAGAUUUUUCUAAGAUCUCUAAAUAUUUGUGCAACUUGCUUGAAAAAGAUGUGCCAUUUGUUUUCGAUACUGCAUGCAUGAAUGCCUUUCUAGUUCUUAAAGAAAAAUUAACUUCUGAACCUAUUAUUGCUACUCCUAAUUGGAACUUACCUUUUGAAUUGAUGUGCGAUGCUAGUGAUCAUGCCAUAGGUGCAGUGUUAGGUCAAUGA